GAAUUUGUAGAUUUUUUGCGUAUUUCAAUUAUAAUCCGCGGUUUCAAGUUAAAGUUUAGAAGUGAGCCUAGCCAGCUAAGCGGCUAACUAGCGUGCUAUAAUGACUUAUUUGUCUGGAAUCCCCGGGUUCACGCGAUCAAACAUUACUUUAUUUUACUCGGUUUUAUGGUGCAGAUUAUUUAGCAGGUUUUGAGAAUCGUAGCUGAGCACCCCGGCGGUAAGUCAGCUGUAAACGUCACAGUGUUUAAUGGCGGUAGCGUGUCAGUGCGCUGAAGGUAGCGAUGUGGUUUAGCAGGACGGAAGGCCAUGUUGUUUCUUCGAGCUAAGAAUUUGCUCUUUAACUUCAGUAUUUCGCCAGCUAGCUGUAGCAUUAUCACCUCAGACUGAGGGCGGUGUUUAGCUCCUAGCAGCGGGGAAUACUUAACCGCUUUCGGGUAUUUUACGGCUCUUUUUGAGCACAAAGGGCGCGCGCCGUUGCGCUGGUGGUUAUGUAAGAUGGGGGCCGCCUUUCCCGGGCUUUUCGUAGGGUGAUUUGGCACAGUUAGCCAUUUUAAUAGAUUUGCGUUUUAAACACUCGUGAUUCUGUGUGUAGCUGCUUAUAAACAGUUGUAGUGUAUUUUCCUUUUUCGUCCCAAGAUGGGUUUGUGUGUGUGUUUUCCAUGGCGAUAGCUGCGCUGUAGCCCGAGUGGCGCAGCUUCGUGUGGCUCUGUGAGGGCGGAAGCUAGCGGCGGCCAUUUUAGAGCUAGGUUAGCUCUUCCAGUCUGAGCUGCACAAGAUGCCCACCGCGUCGUAAUUCUCUCAAGAGUCUGAGUCAGAGAUGGUAGCUUCAAGAUUUAACCACGGUACCGAGAAACAAGAUCAAACACAGCGCUGAGUUUAAGCAGUGCCAGAUCCCUCCUGGCUCGUGCUGACCCGAAAGGUCCCAAGCAUUUCUUUAUUCUGAGGAAGCGGUGCUCCUAGAGCAGCGCUAAGUUUCACUUAAACGGGAAGACGGAAGUCGUCAGGCUGGAGUGUGUCCUGAUGGCUGAGUCAGAGACUGAGUGUGACACACCAGGCCUUGACACGCUGGGGUCUGAGUGUGUCAUAACUCACACGCAAGUCGGUGACUUGCACUAUGCAGCGGAAACUGAGAUUAUGACCCAAGAGGAUAAGAGGCUUGACCUUGAAGCUAUUCAUGGAGAUCUUGGGGCUGUGGCCUGUGUGGACGCCGUAACGGAGACGGACCACGACUACAUUAAAUCCGAGCAUCAUGAUCCGCAGUACAACGAGGCUUUGCUUGGUGAGGUACUGUUGAAGGCAGAUAUGGGUGGAGCUGCAGAACAUGUAGUGAAGGUUGAGUCAGACCAUGGAGGAGAGCUGACCGUGGAGUCGGAGAAUGGUGUCAUCAUCCACGAAGCCCAGGGUCUUCAGUGCAACGAGUGCGGGGAGAUAUUCGGCAGCAUCAACGAUCUACAUCAACACUUCGAAAUGCACAAAGCAACCCAUCCUUACAUUUGUAUCCAAUGUGGUGAGAGCUUUGCAGUGGAAACUAGUCUGAGGGGGCACAUGAAACUACACAUGAAGGAGAAGGGCUAUGCCACCACCGGUGUGGAGCUGGUUGGUAAAGGGGUGAUUGACGCAUUCAACCUCAAACCACAUCAGAUGAUGCACUCUCCUGAAAAGCCACACAGAUGCUCUGAAUGCGGGAAGAGCUUUGCUGCAGCCAUCACACUCAGAGAGCACAUGAAAAUGCAUUCUGAUGACAAACCCUACAAAUGUACUCAGUGCCGAAAGAGUUUUGUCCGCAGGCGCCAUCUAAAGAAACAUCAGGAGCUGCAUGCUCGAGAGAAGCCGUUUACCUGCCCUCAGUGUGGGAAAGGCUUUGCUACUGCUUCUAAUUUAAAACAACAUCAGAAGACCCAUGUUGGUGACAAGCCCCAUCGAUGCGCCCAGUGUGGCAAGUGUUUCGCCGCAGCAGCCACUUUAAGAGAACAUCAGCGAAUCCACUCUGGUGAGAAACCCUAUAAGUGCAACCAGUGCAGAAAGAGCUUUGUAAGAAAACGCCACUUGAAGAAGCACCAGCUGGUGCACCAGGGUGGCAAGCCCUACCGAUGCUCUCAGUGCGACAAAGGUUUCAAUCACUCCUCGUCUCUGUCACGGCACCACAAAGUCCACCUUGAGGCCAAAAUGUACGCCCAGCCUGAUAAGGAGUUCCCUUUUGACACUCCGAUGAAAAGGGGCAUGCACACAGGUGAAAAGCCAUAUAGCUGCAACCACUGUGAGAAGAGCUUCAAUCACUCUUCAUCUCUGUCCAGGCACCAGAGAACUCAUUCAGAUGGGAAAACCUACACUUGUGCCCAUUGUGGCAAGAGGUUUAAUCAUUCUUCUUCUCUUGCAAGACACCAGCGUGUCCAUUUGGACGAGAAGACCUCUUAUAGUGCUAUUCCUACAGGAAAGGGAUUCCCUCCUACUACCAUCCUGAAACAGAGGAUUCUGCAGAGUGAGAAACCUUACAGGUGUUCUCAGUGUGGAAAAGGUUUCAAUCACUCCUCCUCACUCUCAAGGCACCACAGAAUUCACAUUGAUCAGUAAGCCCACUAAUAAGGUGGCAGUGGUAUUUUACAGUUUGCCCCAGCUAUGUUUCAGGCCAACCUCGAUUAAUUUUUGUUUUCAAAGAACUAGGAUAAAAGAAAAAUCUAAUGUUUAUUCUGGGCCUAUAGAACAGACCUUGAAGCUAUAUUUAAAAAAAAAAAAAAGAUCUUCUGGUUAAGUCCUUUUAGUUUUUAAGAGCGAUGAAAUUCAACACCUGAUAUGAUUAACACUGAUCCUGCUCAAUGUGCAUAUAAAUUUUGCUGCCUUUAAUUUGACAUCUGUAUGAUGUAGCAAUUUCAUGCUUAAUGACCAGGCCAGUUACAUUCGUGCUCAUUCUCCUGGAAAACAAAUUGGCUGGAUACCCGCAGAUCCUUUUGUGAGCUUUAAAAAUAUAAUUGGUGACCAAGUAAAAAACAAAAAAAAUUGAACGACUGGAGGAACCUACCACCAUACAAAGUCCAUGUAUCUUUACCCAUUGUGUCGUCUUCAUGGCCUGUCCAGAUACUAUCAUUUGUAAAUAAGUGUUGAUUUUUAUAUACAUAUGUAUAGAUGCGUGUGCAGUUCUUUUACACAUUAAGCGUUUUUGUAUGACCCAGUCUAUCCAAACAUCUUUAUUUUGACAUUAGGACAGUGCUUGACAGCUUAACUGGCUCCAGGCAAACUGUUAGCAACAGUGCAAGUCUGCAUAAAAAUGUUUAAAAUUACUUAAAGUUGUCACUGCUGCUUUCAGCAGCAAUGAAAAUUAGUUGAUCAGGGGGAUACUUACCUGAACAGGAGAGUUAACUUGUAGCAUACAUUCAACGAUGAGCUUGGGGUCAGGGAGCUUUGUCUCAGAUGAGCUGCAGGCAGGUUGGACUCGUCAAGAGUGGCGACUUUCGUCGUUCUGUUUGAAUUGUCUGAUUUACAGACUGACUUCAGAAUGUUUAGUUUGACAGAUUAUAAAUCAUUGUAUACAUAGUGUAAUUUGAUCUAAAUGUUCCCUCUAAAGCAUUGCUUAAUUUAGUUCCCUUUGGUACUCUACAACUUGUUACUAAUGGGUAAAUUGUGCAUAUUUGCGUUCAAACCUAACAUUGCUCUAGGAAUAGUUCAGACAUCCAUAUAUAUAAUCUGUAGUUAACUUAUAUUCUGGGUAUGCAGCAAAUUAUCAAAAUUUAGUGUAAUAGAUUGUGUGUAAUUAUCAGUACAAUAAAAUAGCUUGCUCUUGAUUCAUUUCUUGCAAAAUUCCAUGAAGAUACACUUUCUACUUAAAGUACUGUGUAUGGGGGAAGAUCUUUUACAUACUGAUGUAUUUUUUUAAUAUGGUUUGGGUUAUCUGAAAGGGACAAGAGGAAUACUGUUUUUAUCGGCGUGAACAUUAUAUUGAACUUUUCUUUCCUUUUUUUUCAUUUGAAUAAUUGUGCUUCAACUCAUAGCAUAGGCUUUUUCAUUGUGUUAGAUAGGUGCCUUACUGCAUGCUGUGUAGAAAUGUAUGUUGAGCUGUAAUAGAAAAAAAAGGUUUGGCUCUUCUCCCUCUGUUUGCAUACUAACCAACAUAUUUUACUUUUGACUUUAGGUAAUUUCCAUUUUGCUUUUCUGUAUAUGAAUAUAUGUUUAUGCUGUUACCGCUGUCUUUUAAUUUCUGUCCAUCAGCUGGUCUCAUUGUAGAAAAAAGCUAAAGGUUAAAAAAAAGAGAAGUUACAAUGCCUUUGAUCCAUAUUUUCAUUGCCCUCUUAAGUGGUCAGAUCUUGUUCCAUGUCUUUGCUCCAUCUUUGAGUGGCACACAUAUGGAUGAAUAAAGGUUCUUGACUACC